GGAAGCUGCUCGGCUGUGCGGCGACGGGCGGAAGUAGCCAUGGUGGCGGCGGUGGGCAUGGGGCAGCAGUGGAUCCUGGUGGAGAUGGUGCAGGCCUUCUACGAGGCUCCUGCAUACCAUCUUAUUUUGGAAGGAAUUCUAAUUCUAUGGAUAAUCAGGCUUAUUUUUUCCAAGACAUACAAGCUUCAAGAGCGAUCUGAUCUAACACCUAAGGAAAAAGAAGAGUUGAUUGAAGAAUGGCAGCCGGAGCCUCUUGUUCCUCCUGUAUCAAAAGAUCACCCAGCUCUCAACUACAACAUUGUUUCAGGUCCUCCUACCCAUAAAAUCAUUGUUAAUGGCAAAGAAUGUAUUAACUUUGCAUCAUUCAAUUUUCUUGGACUUCUGGAUAAUGAGAAAGUUAAGAGUGCGGCUCAAGCGUCUUUGAAGAAGUACGGUGUUGGUACUUGCGGACCUAGAGGAUUCUAUGGUACUUUUGACGUGCACUUAGAAUUAGAAGACCGGCUAGCAAAAUUCAUGAGGACAGAAGAAGCUAUUAUAUACUCAUAUGGAUUUGCAACAAUUGCCAGUGCAAUUCCUGCGUAUUCUAAACGAGGGGACAUCGUGUUUGUAGAUGAAGCUGCAUGCUUUGCUAUUCAAAAGGGAUUACAGGCAUCUCGGAGUAAUAUCAAAUUAUUUAAGCAUAAUGAUAUGACAGACCUUGAACGACUGUUGAAGGAGCAAGAGACUGAAGAUCAAAAGAAUCCUCGCAAAGCCCGUGUAACUCGAAGGUUCAUUGUGGUGGAAGGGUUGUAUAUGAAUACAGGAGACAUUUGCCCUCUUCCAGAAUUGAUAAAAUUGAAGUAUAAAUACAAAGUUAGAAUAUUUUUGGAAGAGAGCCUUUCUUUUGGAGUCCUUGGAGAACAUGGAAGAGGAAUCACUGAACACUUUGGAAUAAAUAUUGAUGAUAUAGACCUCAUUAGUGCAAACAUGGAAAAUUCACUGGCUUCUAUUGGAGGAUUUUGCUGUGGAAGAUCGUUUAUAAUUGACCAUCAGCGAUUGUCUGGUCAAGGCUAUUGCUUUUCUGCAUCCCUGCCUCCUUUGUUAGCUGCUGCUGCUAUUGAGGCUCUGAACAUUAUGGAAGACAAUCCAGACAUUUUUCAGACUCUUCGGGCUAAAUGCAAGCGAAUUCACAGUGCUUUACAGGGGAUUUCCGGCUUAAGAGUAGUGGGAGAAUCGUUUUCUCCAGCAUUGCACCUAAGGUUGGAAGGCAGUUACGGAUCUCGAGAAAAUGAUGUGAAGUUGCUCAAGAGAAUUGUGGAUUAUUGCGAAAAUCGUGGUAUUGCAUUAACUCAGGCCCGCUACCUGGAGAAGGAAGAAAAAUGUCUUCCUUCACCCAGUAUUCGAGUAGUGGUAACAGUGGAACAAACAGAACAAGAACUGGACAAAGCUGCAUCACUUAUUAAGGAAGCUGCAGAGUCUGUACUGAAUUAACCCACAGUUUUGGAUUCCUUUUUCCUCAAAUUAUAAAUGUUUUACACUGUAUAGUGAACUCCACUUCAGAUAUUAAAGCUUAUCCACCAUAGACAUUAAAGCCUAUCUAAUGAGAUUGUUUCAGGAUAGUAAAAAUACAGUGAUGUAUAGAAUCCUGAAUUUUGAAAAUGGUGAAUGACGCAAUGUACUUAAAAUUCAAAAUCUACAAAACAUUCCUAAGAAUGGAAUAUCACUGUUGCAUGCAGGUCUUUUUCACAGGUUUCAUCUUAUAAAGCCUUAAAUUAAUUUCUUCAACCCCCUAAAUGUUACCACAUACAUGGAGAGAGAGAGAGAAGACGAAAAUAUGUAUACAUAUGUAUAUAAUUCAUUUUUUUCUUAAUAAGCGUCUAAAACGUGUAUCUCAGAAUGUAGGAAGUUCACUUGCUUUCAGAAUGAAAUACUAAUGAAAUACUAAUACUAAUAGUACCUUAAGAGAGAAAUAACGCAUUAAGAGAUAAUUUUGUGCUGUAUUGCGUCAUUUAUAGUGGGAACUUCAAUUCUUACUUGUUUAUAUCUUUUUAACCAUUUCUGAAAGCAGUUUCUCAGAAUGCCUAGUCAGAUGAUUGCUAUCAAAAUGUAAAUUAAUGUUUAACACUGUUUGCAUACUGCAUUUCAUAUGUAAAUAUGCAUAUUUGAUUUUAUGGGUGAGAUUUUUCUUAUCAACUUAAACACCUAAUCUGAAACCUCCAAAUUUUGAGAGUAUUGCAGUAUCACUAUAGUGUGUUCAGUCAGGGGUCUUUUGCACCACCAGUUUUGAAGAGGAGGCAUAAACAAUGUGAAGAACUAAAGUUUUGAAAUGGCAAAUGAAUAUAAGCUUUUUCAAACAGCUUUGAAGCACUAAAAUGUGUGUAUUAAGUUAUAGCUCUGAACAGCUGCUAUGUAUUAGAGUAAUUAAUUAGUAAUAUUUGGAGUUUUAUGCUCUUGCAAUUUGCAGUAGUCACAGAUGGAUAGAAACAUAACACCAAUCUGAAGAAAUUGGUAAGGAUGAAUGACAGUAAGCCAUAGCUUUUAAUAAAAUAAAAAUGUAUUUCUGCAUAUUUUUAACAAUACCAGUUCAAAAAACGUUGUGUUCUACCUGAUCUGUAUUCGAGUUGUUUUAUACUUAUUUUUGUUUUUGGUUGCUGCUACAAGGACUACAGUACUAUUUUUGAGAAAGAUCACUGUUUAAAUAAACAUUUUAUUCAAAUUUAUAUAUAUUAUGUACUUAGUCAUGUACUUAGUAGCAUGAUUCAGCCAUAUUUUGUAGAAUAUUCUGCAUCAGAUGAGCGUAGUCUGUGUUGUCUCCUUCAGUUCUUAAUGACUCCAUCUUUGCUGUGAUUUUCCAAAACUUCUGAACUUUGUCUUUUUAGAUAAAACCUGCUGAAGUUACUCUUGAGCACAUUUGUUACUGAUACUGCCAGUACUAGCAAUACUCAAAUAGUUUUUUGUGUACAGCAGACACUUCAUCACAAUGUACAAAAGUAUUCAUAUUACAUUUACAUUUACAUUAUUCUGUCUUCACUUUGACUAAAAUCCUGUGACAAGCCAACUAUGUUAAAAAGCAAAAAUGUGAGGAUGGAAGCUGAUUCCUGUUUUGUGGACUAGAACUGACAUGCCUUUUCAAGAGCAAUCAGCCUUCUCAGAUUCUUAAGAGAUUCUGAGAGAUGGAAAUAAGAACUAUCCGGUAGGCAUUGAGCUUGUGACCCAUUUUUGGUUUGAUAAUACAAAACUGAUUUUUCAAAUAAAAUCAAGCUUUUUGGCUGAGAACAAAUGAAGGGGUUGGAUUCCAUUGCAGCAUUAUUGUUUUGGAGUUCAAGGUAAAUCUAUGAAGCUAGACAAGUAGCGUUAAUAUAGAAGGUUGUAGAAUCCAUACUGACUCCUUCCAUUUUAAAUCGUCCUGAAAUAGAGGGUUUUUGUUGUUGUUGCACUCUUGAGAACUAGCAACAAGCUUUAAAUCUGUGGCAGAUUUGUUUUGUUUUCUGUUGUUUUUUUGUUUUGUUUUCAAGUAAAGUGAUGAAUUCGCAGGAAGUUGAGCAGGACUUCUGUCAACUUCAAAACUUUGCUCAAGACACCAAAGUUCAAAUAUGUUGUUAAGAGCUGUUAUCAUUAAUCCACUUAGCAAACACAUAUCCAGCAUUAAAAGAUUGAUAAAUCUGC